AUGAAGCGCCCCGCGGCGGCCGCUCCUGCCGCGUCGGAGGUGCGGAGCGCCGCGGGCGUCUCGAAGAGGCCUGCGACCGCGGAGGCUGCUGGAGGGCCUCUGAACAUCAGCGGCAACUGGUCGAUGACGGUCAUGGAUACGGGGCAGAACUUCAAGUACACUUGGAUUCAUUCCCCUGGCAGCAAAAGCUUCGAGGGCAACCUUGUUGGAACUGGUGUCAUAUCCCAGGCUAGUCUGAAGGGCCGCGAAGUCCGCUGGACUGUGGGGGACGUGUGCUGCUCGGCAAGGCUCCAUGGGGACGGCGUGAGCCUUGUCGAUGGGAAGUACUGGAAGCAAGGGAGCAAGUCUAUGCUGGGGAGAUUCACUGGACAGCGGCGAGGCGAUCUAGGGCGGCUGGGCGCUGGAGCCUCAGGGCCGCCGCUGGCCCCGAGGCCGGGCGCGGGCCGGGUCGGGCAGCUCGCGGGGCAGCCCGCGGGGCAGAGCUUCGGCCAGAGGAUGCAGGCGGCGAAGAGGCAGCGGGAGGCGGACGAGAUGGCAGAUUUCGUCGUGGGCGGGAACGGCCACGAGGACGACAGCGAUUACGGCGGUGGCGCCACGGAGGAUUCCGACGACGAGGAGGGCGAUAUUCAGGAGGAAGAUGACGAGUCCAGCUUAGACGAGGGGAGGCUGGAGCGUAUGAGCGGAGGUGCCCGCAGGCGGCCCGCCUCGGCGGGCGCGCCGGGGAGGCAGGCGGGGCGCCGCUGGUGA